GUGUCGUUAUUCCGAUCGCAGCACUUCUGCAGAACCGUUCUUUUCCCCAACACGAGCGCCGGCCGGCCCGACCCGACCCGGCCGCAAAAUUCGCCACUCCGGUCGCCCGUCGCCGCAACCGUCGUCUUCGAGGGCCACCCGUACCUAAGCAGAGUCACACGAGCCAGAGUCCGGAAUCUUCUAGACACAUCGGGAGGACUGAGCACGUGCUCCCUCCGGCUGCCAGCCAUGGCGGAGAAGCUGGGCCCCGAGAAGCGCCACACCUUCGUGCACAACGGGCAGAAGGUGUUCGAGUGGGACCAGACGCUAGAGGAGGUGAACAUGUACAUCGAGCUCCCCAAGGGCGUGCCCACCAAGCUCUUCCACUGCACCAUCAAGGCUAGCCACGUCGAGGUCGGCAUCCGCGGCAACCCACCAUACCUCAAUCACGACCUGACGCACCCCGUGAAGACCGACUCGUCGUUCUGGACAAUAGAGGAUGGUGAGAUGCAUAUCACACUGCAAAAAAGAGAGAAGGGGAAAACAUGGUCAUCUCCAAUACAAGGGCAAGGAGUUUUGGAUCCAUAUGCUGCAGAUCAAGAGCAAAAGCGGCUUAUGCUCCAAAGGUUUCAGGAAGAGAACCCAGGGUUCGACUUUUCGCAGGCUCAGUUCAGUGGAACCUGCCCUGACCCAAGAACCUUCAUGGGAGGAAUACGCUCUGAAUGAAGCUCUGUACCUGCCUAUGUUGCUGCUAUAUCCCCAGCAUCUUGUUAGAUGUAGCAGCCUAGCAGGUGUGCUUAUUCCGUCUGUAAAUGGGUUGGUGUCUGUCAUGGAAAUAAUCGUGGUGUGUGACUGUCCAAACUCAUUAGCUCACUGCAGAGUGCAGACCUUUUUUGGCAACCUUUGUGUGCUAAAUUCUAAUUAUAAUUGUGAUCAUCACUCAGUUCUCGUUUUUGGAUGUAUCAAUAUUUGGGGAGAGCUGAUGACAAUGUAGUUUUUGGUGGAGGCAGCCCUGCCAAGACAGACCCAAAGGGCUCAUUUGCCAGAGCUCCUGGAGCGGCUCCGGCUUCAGCUAAAGACCUGCCAGAAGGUGGAGCCGUAGCCUGUUUAGGAGCUGGGGAUCUGCUGAACUGACCGUAAUGUAUGAGAUUAUGCCUUGCCACUAUGUAUGUAAUAAUAUUUUUUGGUAUGCGUGCA